AUGCUUAAGACGGCUCUGUCCAAGUUCAACCAACUAUUUUGCACGAGUGAAUUAGGUCCGCAGUUGUCCGACAGCGAACCAGGCUAUUUACCUGAUUACCAAGGCGAUCAGAACACAAAUGAGCAACGGAUGAAGGACACACAAGCACUUAAUAAGCCAUUCUUCGACACUAUCGGUGGACCUCCGCCUGCUCCUUCACCGGCACCUGUUCGAUCUGGACAAGUCUUCACAAGCUCUGCUUACCCACAGCAGUCAUCCUUCAGUACUAUGAACACCAAUGCUCCCUCUAUUUCUUCUAACCAGUAUCUGAAUACUCCGCAAGCUUCAAGUUCCCAGUCAACCGGCAGUGAACCAGGUUACUUGCCUGAUUAUCAGGGUGAUCGGUAUACAAACGAACAAAGGAUAAAGGACACACAAGCCCUCAACAAGGCGUUUUUCGACACUAUUGGUGGAGCACCUCCAGCUCCACCUCCGACAUUAGCUCAAUCAGGAUCCGCACCUUCCGGCUCAACCUACCCGUACCAGAGCCCUUUGAGCAGAAUGAACUCUUAUCCUUCUAAUCAGCUUCGAUUUCCUCAACCUAACCAAAAAGCCAGCAACACAUAUGGAGCGCACUCAGCUCAGGCUAGCAACCUCCUACAAACAAGCCUUGGCAUUUGUUGUUUCCGCUAA